CAUAAUUUACAUGUUUGUCACGUUUAGAAUAGGACCGUGUUCAACUUUCUUUAACGCCCAAGAAGGCUCCAAAUAGGAGGAGUUAAGUGUGUCGACCCUCUAUCAGAGGACGGUGUAUCUUUAAGAUAUGGCUCUAGUGCACCUACUUGGCGAAACCCUACAGAAAGCGGGGAGGGAGAGAGGGACGGUAGAAACCCGGACGCUAGCGGGGGAGGGGCGGUACGUGGGGCUAUAUUUCUCGGCACUAGGAUGUCCUCCCUGUCAUCGCUUCACUCCAAAACUCGUCCAGUUUUACAACGAGUUCAAAAAGACCGAGAAGGCAGAGAGUUUGGAGGUCGUGUUGAUGUCGGGAGACGCGGACCAGGAGAGUUUUGACGAGCAUUUUGCUGAAAUGCCCUGGUUGGCUAUUCCGUUCACACAGGCACAGAAAAGGUUGGACCUGUGUGAUAAAUAUGAGGUGCUGGGAAUCCCUGUACUGGUUAUCGUGGAUGGGAACACUGCAGAACUCGUCACAGACAGAGGCAGGGACGGCGUCACAACGGACCCCACGGGACACGACUUUCCAUGGAAGUCAUAGACUCGCAUAUUCAUAUAUGCUUUCUAUUGUGGAGAAUCUGGAAAAAUUUUGUUGUAUUGCCAAAAAGUAGUUACUCAAGCAACUGGAUGGUUUUGGAAACGGUCAGACGUUUCAACUGGCAUCCACCAGUUUUCGUCAUUGACACU